UCGCGGCUCCCCGGAGCGCGAACCCCGAGACUCCAGUGCCCAUGGCUCACGUCCCAGGCCCCGAGGGCCCCUCCGCGCCACGCCGGGCGGCGGCGAGGGAAAGGUUUCGGAAGGCAGCCGGGAUCCUGGCGCACGUGUGCGGACUGACCCUGCUCAUGAAAAGGUACAUUGAAAAGAGUCGAGCAGAAGAAUGGGCACAAUUUUACUUAAGCAUAAAGAAUCAUUCAGCUAAUGAACUAUUAUUCAACAUGAGCAAUUUUUCAAAAUAUAACUUGAGCAAAGAUUUCUCAAAGCUGAAAACACUGAUGUUCAUUCAACCUAAGCAAAGAAGGCAAAAAAAUCUCCAAGAGAUUCAACUAUGUCUAAAGAAGAACAGGUCAUUUCACAGUUUGCCAAAUGAAGUGCAGCUCCAACUUUGCCAGAUUGCGAUCUACCAAGAGUUGGAAGCUGAAAGUAUGCUUCUAAGGCAAGGACAUGUACCCCUUGAAUGCUACCUGAUUCUUGCUGGACGUUUAAAGGUCAUGUCAAGCAGUACAAGCAUGAACAAAAAUACCAACUCUGAAAUUUUAAGUGAGGUUGAAGAAGGUGACUUCAUAGGGGAAAUCUGCCUUUUAACUAACACCAAUCGGCCUGCUUCCAUUUCAUGUAAAACAGAUGUAAAACUUCUUGUGAUAAGUAAAGAUGAUUUUUACUGUAUUCUUGCACAAAGAAUACAAGAACAGUAUCAAGAAACAUGCAGCUUUCUAAGGAGCCUCCCAUUGUUCUUCUCAUGGCCAAAAGAAAAGAUAGACCUUCUGGUUCACUGUUCUUUACACCGAUACUACAGGUCUGGGCCAACCAUCAUCUCUGACAACUUCAACUCCCACUUUCUUGUGUUCAUCAUAGCUGGUCGUUGUCGGAUAAUUGCUCAGAUGAACUGUGAAGAAAUAUCUGUAUGUUCCUGCGUAAUGAAGACUGGUUCCUCCACCCUGAAAAACGCCCAUGCUCUUCUUCGACCGGGAGGACGUCUUGAUGUAACUGGAAGAAUUUUGGGAACAGCCACGGUUUCUCCCAGGACUUCAUUCUUAACUGCUAGGAAAAAAAUGCUAGACACAAAGAAACCUCCACUCCAGCUGGGAGCUAGUAGCUUGGAGGUUGCUUCUCUGAUUGCUCUUCAGAAGCGUUGA